UUGGCAGGUUUUGCCACACCCCUGAGCAAUGGGAGGGCUGGAACUGGGGCAGGCCAGGCCAGAGGAAGCAGUGCUGCCCUGCCCUUGACCCCCACCCCCAAAGCCCAACCUACCCUCAGUUACCUUUUCUACCUGGGCUGGAGACUUCCUCAGUCUGUCACUAUGGGCGUGCUGGUCACCAUGACAACAGAGACAGGCCCCGAUUCUGAGGUGAAGAAGGCUCAGGAGGAGACUCCACAGCAGCCUGAGGCUGCUGCAGCUGUGACCACCCCGGUGACCCCCGCAGGCCACAGCCACCCAGAGGCCAACUCCAAUGAGAAACAUCUGCCCCAGCAGGAUACGAGGCCUGCUGAACAGAGCCUAGACAUGGAGGACAAGGACUACUGUGAGGCCGAUGGCCUGUCGGAAAGGACCACGCCCAGUAAGGCCCAGAAGUCGCCCCAGAAGAUUGCCAAGAAGUUCAAGAGCGCCAUCUGCCGAGUCACUCUGCUCGAUGCCUCUGAGUACGAGUGUGAGGUGGAGAAGCACGGCCGGGGCCAGGUGCUGUUUGACCUGGUCUGUGAGCACCUCAACCUCCUGGAGAAGGACUACUUCGGUCUGACCUUCUGUGAUGCUGACAGCCAGAAGAAUUGGCUGGACCCCUCCAAGGAAAUCAAGAAGCAGAUUCGGAGCAGCCCCUGGAAUUUUGCCUUCACAGUCAAGUUCUAUCCUCCUGACCCGGCCCAGCUGACAGAAGACAUCACAAGGUAUUACCUAUGCCUGCAGCUGAGGGCAGAUAUCAUCACAGGCCGGCUGCCCUGCUCCUUUGUCACGCAUGCCCUGCUGGGCUCCUAUGCUGUGCAGGCUGAGCUGGGUGACUAUGAUGCAGAGGAACACAUGGGCAACUAUGUCAGUGAGCUCCGCUUCGCCCCAAACCAGACCCGGGAGCUGGAGGAGCGGAUCAUGGAGCUGCACAAGACAUACAGGGGCAUGACCCCGGGAGAGGCAGAGAUCCACUUCCUGGAGAACGCCAAGAAGCUUUCCAUGUAUGGGGUUGAUUUGCACCACGCUAAGGACUCUGAGGGCAUCGAUAUCAUGCUAGGUGUCUGUGCCAACGGCCUGCUCAUCUACCGGGACCGCCUGAGAAUCAACCGCUUUGCCUGGCCCAAGAUUCUCAAGAUCUCCUACAAGAGGAGUAACUUCUACAUCAAGAUCCGGCCUGGGGAGUAUGAGCAGUUUGAGAGCACCAUUGGCUUCAAGCUCCCCAACCACCGCUCAGCCAAGCGGCUCUGGAAGGUCUGCAUUGAGCACCACACAUUCUUCCGGCUGGUGUCCCCAGAGCCCCCACCCAAGGGCUUUCUGGUGAUGGGCUCCAAGUUCCGGUACAGUGGGAGGACCCAGGCACAGACCCGCCAAGCCAGUGCCCUCAUCGACCGGCCUGCACCCUUCUUUGAGCGUUCCUCCAGCAAGCGAUAUACUAUGUCCCGCAGCCUUGAUGGAGCGGAGUUCUCCCGCCCCGCCUCAGUCAGUGAGAAUCACGACGUGGGGCCUGACGGUGACAAGCGGGAAGAUGAUGCUGAGUCAGGGGGACGGCGAUCAGAGGCCGAAGAAGGAGAGGUCAGGACCCCCACCAAGAUCAAGGAGCUGAAGCCGGAGCAGGAAACCACGCCAAGACACAAGCAGGAGUUCUUGGACAAGCCAGAGGAUGUCCUGUUGAAGCACCAGGCCAGCAUCAAUGAGCUCAAGAGGACCCUGAAGGAGCCCAACAGCAAACUGAUCCACCGGGAUCGAGAUUGGGAGCGGGAGCGCAGGCUGCCCUCGUCGCCCGCCUCCCCCUCCCCAAAGGGCACCCCUGAGAAAGCCAGUGAGGCCCAGAGGACCCAGGACUCUUCUCAGCAGGACUUGGUACCUGGAACAGCAGCAGGCUUGGAAGUGUUCACUCAGAAAAGCCUCGCAGCAUCUCCUGAGGGCUCAGAGCACUGGGUAUUUAUAGAAAGAGUAUACACUAGGCCAGAAGAACUUGGCCUCCUAACAAUGGCCACCACACAACGGGAAGGAAGUGAGGCAGGCCUCGCUGAGAUCCUUGCUGAUGGCAGACUCUCCAAGGUAGACAUUCUGGUGGACAAGUUCAAAGUUGAAGUGGCCACAGAAGAAACAGUGGGAGUCGGAAGAGCAAGUACUCAUCAGCAAGGGAAGAUGAUUGCAAGUCCAGGAGAGUUUGAGACAAUGAGAGAGGAAGGCCCAUGUGUCAAGGGAGGUACCCGAGAGACCGCUCGAGCUGCAGGCUACGCAUCAGCAGACAAGCUUCCUGAGGGCUCCAAGCCCAAGAUCAGGAGCCACCGCGUCUCAGAUGGUCAGCUAGAGAGCCCAGCAGAGCCUACUAAGGGGCUGGAGGGGCUCCAGACUUGGGGAAGACCUACAGCUCCAGGAACUGGGCCACUGCAGGCAGAAGUUCUUUCUCCUGCAUCAGACAAAGGACUCCAGUCUUUCCUGUUAGAUCCAGCCCAGGCAGAAGCCAGAGCCGACUCCAGCGAUGAAACUGAUACCUCCUUCGCAGAGAGGAGCUUCUACCUAAACUAUGGAGAGAAAGACGCUGAAGAAGUUCUCCCUCUACCCUCAGAGGACAGAGAAGAGCACCUGCAUGCCCCUCCUGGAGAUGGGACCUGGUUGGAGCUGGCAGGCGAGCACACGGAGCACUGGGAGCUGAAAUCCUCAGCCCCAAGGGGUUCUGCCCCAGGUUCCAGCUGGAAUAAAGAUGAAGCCCAUAUGACUUCCUCCGAGGAAGAAAGCUGGUCCUCCAGGGACCGUGGGAGGCCUGGUGACCUACAGGAAGCUGUUGUGGGGCAGAUUUUUGCAGAGGCCUGGGAAAGAGCAAGGCUGGAAGGAGAGCUGACCUACCCAAUGGCCAGGGCAGCUGAAGAUGAAGAGGCCCCCAUGAGUAUAGACCGGAUGGAAGAGACUGAGAGAAGUCCCCCAGCAAGACAGAAGCACCCCCCUGGUGGAGGAGGAGGGGUGCACCUAGAUGCCCAGGCCUGUGCCCUUCUGAGGACCAUUCCUCCUCAUGUUAGGAAACCAGUCAGGCGAGACCAAAGCAACUUUCUGCCCAACGAGAAGAGGACAGUUUCCGCUCAGGCUGUAGAACCCAUGGCAGAGGACAGGGAGGCAAUCAUCCCGCUGCCAGCCUCCUCUGGUCACAUUGAUGUUCUGGCAGCUGUGAAGGACACUUCCCAAAGCCCAGUCUCUCCUGGGUCAGGGAAGCCUUCAGAGUUUGGGGAUCCUUUUGGAGAUCAGUUCCCCAUAAUUUGCAAACAUAUCCAUCUUUCUGAAGAGAGCCCUAUGCCCAAGGACACACGAGGUGAACGCAAAGCACCUCCAGUUGCCAGCAAGAAGCCCAGAGUUGUCCCUGAAGGAACUGAGGGGCCUGCAGUUCCGGGGUUUGUGUUCCCUUCAGGAAAGCAAAAGGAGACUUCCCUCCAGGCUGGGGACCAAGGGGAUUCCCAGGAAGAUAUUAGCAAGACCUCAGUGGCUAACAAGAUUCGGAUAUUUGAGACCCAUGGAGUUGAGUCGUGCCGAGCCAGUCAGGGUGAAAUGAGGGCCCUUCCACAUGAGCUGCCUUCGGAGGCUUCCCCAGGGCAGGGAGAACAUCAGAAAAAUAAGCUUCUAGACUCGGGUUUUGUUCAACUCCAGCCCCCUGGGGACUUGGCCAGCUCCAAACUAACGCCUUCUUCUGUUACACCUCUGGCUACCCAGCACUAUGGGGAGGGCUCUUCUGCUACCUCCCACAAGGAAAGAUACACAGAACCAGAGCUCCUGUCCCCUGACUCAGGCUGUGAAACCACGCUGGAGGAAGCUACCGGGAACAAAUCCGGAGAUGCGGGCAGGGAAGAGAAGAGCUUCUUCAGCCGCUUAGCACCAAACACCCCUGGGAAGGGGGGGCGCCUGAGAUUCGCCAGCCCUCCGGGCCCUCAGAGAGCUGGGCUGAGGGAGGGCUCGGAGGAGAAAGUCAAACCACCACGUCCUCGUGCCCCAGAGAGUGACACAGGAGAUGAGGACCAGGACCAGGAGAGGGAUGCGGUCUUCUUGAAGGACAACCACCUGGCCAUCGAACGCAAGUGCUCCAGCAUAACGGUCAGCUCCACAUCCAGCCUGGAGGCUGAGGUGGACUUCACAGUUAUUGGUGACUACCACGGCAGCGCUUUUGAAGACUUCUCCCGAAGCCUCCCCGAGCUCGACCGGGAUAAGAGCGACUCUGAGACCGAAGGCCUGGUGUUCUCCCGGGAUCUCAAGGGGCCCUCCAGUCAAGAGGAUGAGUCUGGGGGCAUCGAAGACAGCCCAGAUCGAGGGGCCUGCUCCACCCCAGAAAUGCCCCAGUUUGAGUCCGUGAAAGCAGAAACCAUGACCGUCAGCAGUCUGGCCAUCAGAAAGAAGAUCGAGCCAGAGGCCAUGCUGCAGAGCCGAGUCUCCGCUGCAGACAGCACCCAGGUUGAUGGGGGUGCCCCCGUGGGGAAAGACUUCAUGGUGACCCCUCCUUGCAUCACCACAGAGACAGUCUCCACCACUAUGGAGAACAGUCUCAAGUCCGGGAAGGGGGCAGCUGCCAUGAUCCCCGGCCCACAGACGGUGGCCACGGAAAUCCGUUCUCUUUCACCGAUCAUCGGGAAAGAUGUCCUCACCAGCACCUACGGCGCCACUGCGGAAACCCUCUCAACCUCCACCACCACCCAUGUCACCAAAACUGUGAAAGGAGGGUUUUCUGAGACAAGGAUCGAGAAGCGAAUCAUCAUUACUGGGGACGAAGAUGUCGAUCAAGACCAGGCCCUGGCUUUGGCGAUCAAGGAAGCCAAACUACAGCAUCCAGACAUGCUGGUAACCAAAGCUGUUGUCUACAGAGAAACAGACCCAUCCCCGGAGGAGAGGGACAAGAAGCCACAGGAAUCCUGACCUCUGUGAAGAGAUGCUGGCAUGUCUGGUCCAACCCAAGCCAGAGAACCAUUAAGAAGGGGCCUUCAUUCUGGAUUCUCCGACAACACCAACAUCCCAGCUGCGACGUACUGUCACUGAUGAGAGACUGGGAAGGGAAAGCAUAUAUAUAUAGAUAUAUAGAGAUAUAGAUAUAUAUAUAGGAAACACCGCGUCCUUGCACUGCUCUGGGGCUGGCGGAGCUGUCAGCUGAUGGCAACAACCGACAUCUGCAGCAACCUUCAUUUCCUUUGCAGACAAAUUGAAUUGGUGGGAAUUUUUUUUCCAGGAAAAUAUGUAACAAUCAUAAUCUCUUGUUCCCUGGCCCCUUUCUCCUGCCAAACUACAAAAGCAGACCAUGAUGAUUGUAGAUGUCCCCUCGAACCUCGGCUGCACACACUCCAGGACGGGCAAGCACCCCGUUUGUUCUUCCCAGCUUCUGUUGCUCCCCCUAAUGUGAAGGAGGAGAAAAAUAAGAUCACGUAGCCAAGCAAGAGAAGUCACAGCCGCAAGACACGCACAGUCCACUGUUUUCCAAGAAAAAAGAAUGGAAGUCUCCCACUGGGAGGAGGAGGGGGAGGACCACUCGAUUGUUAUUUCCGGGUCUUGACACUGGGCUGCGGCAUCCACUCUCUGUCCUUCUGCCCUCCCCACUUCACCCUUGACUUCUGCUCAUCUUGUCUCCAUUUUCUGUCUCAGCUCCCUCCCGCCUCUCUCCCCGACCCUCCUCUUCUGUGUCCUGGUCCGGCCUGAGGGCCACUGCAGAUGACUCUCAUUGGAAGAAAAAGAGACUUCGAGAGCAAAAGGAAGCCAUGGGAAGGGAAGUAGACAUUGUGUUUCCGGUUUCUCAUGAUGGAGGUGCAGCUCAUAGGAGAUUGUAUGACUGUGAUUUUAAGUUAUGUAUAUUACAUGUAACAGGAAACAAAUAUUAAAAUAAACUGUGCUGGUAAGUAUGCAGCUGACAUUUUCAAGUUAUAAUUACCUGACUGUGAUGUAUCCCAAGGUUCCUAGAUCUUGCCAAACUGGCCCAGACGAGGACACUGGACUCUGGGUGUGGCCAGCUCCCAGUAGGGCUGACAGAUUCAGUGUAGUGAAACUGUGUGUGGUGUUUGUAACUGGGUAAUUGGUGGGGAGACUGGGGGGCCCUCCAUGAGAGGUGAAGGUUCGGCCAGAAGGAAACAACACAGAUGUAGUCCCGAACACGCCAGGCCAAGAUGCCUUCUCCCCCAGCAAUAGCUGUCCGGGCCUGGGCUGUGCUCAGUCCUCUGCUGCUGAGGUGAAAGGUUAGUCCUCCUAGCUCUGGGGGGACUUGCCACGGCUUUCAGUCCUCUUUCUGUUUUACUGUGACCAGGGUCUUUGUUUUGGUUUGUAUUCCGCCAUGUCUUGCCCUGCUCUUCACCUCCUCGUCACCGUCAGUUCCUUCUCUUAAGGGAGGUGGUGCCCUGGCUGAGGUAGAAAACAGUCCCUCUUAACCUGGUUUUCUGAAAUGCCCAGCCAGUCUUCCCCCUCUGCCUCUUCCAUCGUGAAUCGUGCUCUUUUUCCUGAGCUAAGGUAGCCAUGAUAAAGAGGCCAUGAACACGGGAAAGGCCACGAUAGGCCUCCUGCAUGAUAGGCCAUACUGCAUUGCCAUAGGCCUCACCUAUCCCAGAACGAUAGCAGGUAUGAGGAAGUGUUGCCUACUGGCUUCAUCUGCCUUAGACUCGGGCUUGUAAGACCUCUGUCAGUCGGUAGCCAAGCUCAGAAAUGGCCUUGAGAUGACAGGAGCCCUUGGGGGAAAACCCGGCCACCAACUUGGCAUUGCACUCUGGCAUAUGCAGACUCCUGGCUUGCUUGCCACGAGCAGUGUCCCUUUCUGAAGGAAAUAUCCUACGGCAAUCCCAUUCCACUCCUAGUCCUGCUAAGGCAGUUCAUACAUUUAUUCAACGAAUGUUUAUGAGUUGCUUGUUUGUGCCAGGCUCUGUUUUUAAGGUGGAAGGAGAAGCAUGUGGUGGGGGAGAGGAACCUGGGAUGCCACCGGACAAACCUGUCCCUAACCAUAGCUGGCUUGUUUCAAAACACGCCUCCACUCCCUCCGUCUGAUCAGACAUUACCUGGAGUGUCUCUCAGGGGGCCCGGGCUAGAUGCGCCCUCUUUGCCUGCUUAUUAGUUAUUCCUACGAUGGACACCUUCCCUACUUACAGGUGCUGGCCUGACACAGGGCAAGAAGCUAGAGCAGCUUUUCUCUGUGGCCGCUGAGAAGUAGAGCCAGGCUUUUUAGACAGCAGAGUCAGCCAUAUGCCCUGGUGCAGGCUGGUAGACCCACUCCACUCCAGUGUGACAAAGCAUUCUCUCUGCUCCGGGAUCUUUGUUCAUUCUUGGUGGAGAAGCCACAGAACCUCCUGCCUGCCCUUUAGAACCUGCAAGCUCCUGCUGUUUCUGAGCCAAGAGCAGGAAUGGCUGUGUCCCCUUGGAAUUGGGCUCAGGCCUCCCCUGCCUCUGCAGGGGCUCCAUGGCCUGCUUGCACUGGACGCACAUACCUCAGAGGGAGGGUCUUUGUUCAGAGGGUUGCACCUGCCCUGAAUGUGGGCUACAGGGCAAGGAGAAAAUGACCCGCUUAGCUUGUGGGGUGUUAGAAUUUAGGGAGAUACUCGCUCCAUGGGUGUUCUGACCUUCUUCCCCCAGAGAGGUGGUCAGCUCCCUGCCCAGGGAGGAGGGGACCUGCAGAGCUCAAAUUUAGGAAACUGUGUCCUCCCGUCCUCCACUCCAUAGAGAAUAAGGAUGUUGUCUUGUCUGUCUUCAGCCUAUUUUUUUUCUUUUUGCCUUUUUUUUUGGUGUGUGUGUGUGUGUGUCUCAUCUCUAUCCAGUAGGCCAGGUAACAGAGUGGGGAAAGUCUCAGAGAGCAGUCAGAGUUCUGGGUGACCGUAUAGAUGCAGCUCCUAACUUACCACGUGACACCGAGCUACUUCAUCCCACCUAACUAAAGGAGUAGGGUAAACUAGUUGCACCUAACUAAAUGAGCAGGGUAAACUAGUUGAUCCCUGAGCCUUUUCCCACUCUGUGUUUCAUGCACCUUUAUUUUCCCGACUUUUGCUUUCUGUGGAUCUGUUCCAUGUGAAGGUACAGGAAGUGCCAGGACCUGUUUCAGUUUUUGAAUCCUGCAAGCACAUACCAAGACUGGCCUGAGAUUGCAUGAGCAACAUCACUCUAAAUAUAUAUAUUUUUUUUUUCAAAAAGCACCUUACCAACCAACUGCAAUGCUGUCGUGUUCCUUUUUAUUCAGUCCCCUCUCUCCUCUCUUGUCCCCACGCUCCCCCACCUCAGUGCUCCGUGCUGUAUGCGUGUGCUCUCUGUUCUUGUAUACUCAAUAAAAGUGAAAUAAAUGUGUUUGAUGCUGAA